GUGCAUCUCUUGAAGUUCCUUCGACUUCGAAUUCGAAUUCGCAAAACCUCAAUCAACAAUGGCGGAAAUCUCCGAUUCUCCGUCAACGUCAAAACCCGCAGAAGAAAACACCCAAACUCAGUUGUCCGAAUUCGACACUAAAAGGACUCGAAAUACAAAACCCGGAGUUAAACGGCUCCUCAUAAGCGUCACAGUGCUCGUCUCAUUCAUCAUAGGUUUUCCUCUUCUGUGGAAAUCCAUCGAAAUCUACCGUGCCCCGCUCCCAUUCGAUCGAAUUGAUUCCUUCUCUUCUCAAAUCGAAUCGAAACCCUUGCUCUUCCCAUGCCAGUUUCGAGCCAUUUUCAUCGGUUUCGAUUUUAAGGUUUCUCACGAUAAGGUCGGAGCAGCGAUUACGAGAAAGAUGUCGGAGCUAAGUAAUGGCGGCGAUUGUGGCGGUUGCGGCGGCAAUUACUCCGUCUCCGUGGUGGUGGAUACGGGUGAAGUUAACGCGGUUGAUUUUGGCGGGAAAUUAAGGGGUAAUGACGAAGACGUUGAUGAAUUAGUUAAGAGUGUGGUGAGUGGGUAUGGAGGGGGGAAUGCGUAUAGUGUUGUGGUGGUGAAUAGAGAUGAGGAGGUGAGGAGUGUGGUGGGCAAGUAUCGGCACGCGUGGAUUUUGGGGCGGGUUUUGGAGGAGGAGGCAGUGUUGCGUGUGGCUGAGAUCUUUGCUAAGGUGUUUGUUAAUGGUGGGAACGAUGAGGGUUCCGUUCGUAGCGAGUUUAUGCCUGUUGGUGCUGAUGGGAAGAUUGUUCUUUCUUUCAGUUUGCUCAAUGCAGACCCUCGAGAUUGGAUAUAUGAUUGGAAUUUUCAUGAAAUUGAUGAGACUUUGCUGCGACCUGUGAUUGAGGUUUUACAACCUAUUGCAAACAUCACUGUUGAAAGCCAGGUUUUGUACCACACCCCAAAGUCUUCAUAUCCUUACUGGGAUGAUCAGCAUGGCAGCCACAUAUUUACAACCGAGGAUCUUUCUUUCUUUGUGAAUUCAAAUGAGUGGCACUUGGAUACUUCAGUUGCAGCAGGUGGAAGGUCCAAAGUAUUGCAACUUGUGGUGUAUAUACCAUCUGCAAAGGAAUGUCCUCUUCAACUGGAGCUUCCAAAUGGAGAGAUCUCUAAGACUAAUGGCUUUAUAUCUCCAAUGUGGGGAGGUGUUGUUGUCUGGAAUCCCCAAAGCUGUAUAAAAGAUUUGGAAAGUAAGGAUCCAGUUAAACAUAUGAUUUCUCUCCAGGAUCUCCAGAAGCUUUUUGAAGUUCUCAUGGGGCAGUUGCGGCAACUCCUUGGUUUGAAGUCUGAUAAUUAUUAUGUUGGUGAGUCUGGCACAUCCAUUCUCCUAGGGAGUGAAAAGGGUUUCACAGAGUGGGAGUUGGAUGUUUUGUCACGAAAGCAUAUAUGCUUUAAUCUUCUUUCAUGUGCUACAACACUUGGAUCACUUUCUAGAUUGGUACAAUCAUUGCCAAGGAUGAUUAUCAUGGAUGAGAUUGGAAAACAGGUGAAGUUUUCUCUGGAAGCUGCAAAAUUUGCUCAAAGUAAUGCAUCUGUUGGAAUAUAUGAUGCUUCAGCCAUAUCAUCAAGGCAAUCAAGAUCACUGGCAGAGGAUGCCUUUUUUCAUCCUUCAAUUAUGUCCAUAAGCUAUUAUUCGUUUGAGCAUUGUUUCGCUAUCUAUUCGCCAUUUUUUCUGCCAGUUUUAAUGCAUGUCCUCCUUGCUGCUUUAAGAGAAUGGAAAAGGUACAAGCAAGAAAAUAGGAAAUACUUGGAAGGGAAGGAAAAAACAAAAGUUUCUUAAUCCCGUUGACCAGAGAUGACAGGAUGAAGCAAGCUUCCUGGUAGAUGUAGCCUAUGGUGCGGAAAGCACUUCAACCCAAGCAAAACCUUCCUCUCUCUUCUCAAGACCUGCUGCAUUCUGAAUUUGGUUGAAAAUGACAAUGUUGACAGGUUCGUUAAGGGACGUGAAUAAUUGGAACAAGGCAAUGCUGAGAUGACGGCUUUUGGUAGUACCACAGUUAAUGAGUAAAUUGAAGGUAAAAGAUACACUUCACUAAAAUCUCGUUGUGAAUGAAAGUGACGCCAACUGACUUAGUUUUGUUGAAUUGUGCUUGCCUUUAUAUGUGAUUUUUUAGCGUAAUGUUUGAUAUUCACAUGCAUUUUUGUUUUUGAGAACUUUGUAUAUUUGAGAAGACGAUGUUGACUGAGCCAAUCAAAUUGAGUAUAUUACGAGGAGACUGAUAGGUGUCGAGAGAGCUCCAAUUCAUG